AUGUCUCUACCGUCCGAAGAUACCCAAGUCAAAGUCGCUAGCGAAGGCGCCCAAGCCUUCGUAGAAAGCUACUACCACGCCCUCUCCACGCCCUCGCCCAUCUCCCACUUCUACAUCAACUCCAGCAAACCCUACACCACCUCCGGCGCCCUAACAGCCGACAUAUCCAUCAACGGCACCGUCCUCGCCACCCCCGCCGACUACGAGAAGCUCGUGGCCGAACACGGCCCCGCCUGCCGCUACGAGGUCGAAUCCUUCGACGCCCACGCCGUCAACCCGGCCUUCGGCUUCGCGUCCGAGGCCGCCCCCAACAUCCCCGUCGCCGCCGACAGGAACGGGUCCAAGAUGAGCCUGCUGGUCCAGGUUACGGGGAGGGUGCAGUUCGGGAAAGGGAGGGAGGCGGUUAGGAAGGCGUUUAAUGAGGUUUUUGUGCUGGCGCCGAAUUGGGAGGCGCUGGGGAGGAAUGCGCCGAGGGGUUUGAGGAGGUGGUUGAUUAUGUCGCAGAAUUUUAGGACGCUGUGA